GUCGCACUCUGCGGACGCACACGCGCUGCGGCAGCUGACAGUUUCAGUAAAACCACGGAGACGAACGGAUUACGGGCGACGCUGGCGAAAUUGAAACUAAAACAGCAACAGAAACCACAAAUAAUAACAAUAAUAUUAGCCGUAAUACGGAAACAGAAAUAUAAUAAUAGCAACAGUUAAAGCGAAAGGGAAACACAUCCAAAACCACAACCAAAACCGAAAUAAUACUUAUAAUAAUAAUAAUAAUAAUAGUAAUACAAAUAAUAAUAAACCGAUACAGCUCUGGGAACAAAACGCAACGUUUGAUGAAAUUUUUUGGCAACACGUCGCGUCGUCUUGGUUGCUGUUAACCACAUCCUGCUAACGCCAAAAAUUCAAAUAAUAUUCAGCCGAAAAAAACCAAUAAUAAUACAAAUUAAACCAACAAAACGAAAAGCAAGCAAAAAUACAAACGAAACCAAAAAAAAAAAAACAAAAAAAACAAAAACACAAAAACCAAACAACAAAUUCAUCUUCUACUUGUUCUACCGCUUCAACUUUAUUCGUCUUCGUCUCCGUAAUAAAUAUAUCUAUAUAUAUUUAUAAAUAUAUACAUAUAUAUGCAUAUGUGUGUGAGUGCGUCGCGUGUGUGUUGGUGCCUGUAAAUGUGUGAGCCACAACAACAACAACAACAGCAACAGCAGCAGCAGCCAGAGCCAGAGAAACAACCACAACAGCACCAACAACAAUAAUAGUUAACAGCAGCAACACUUCUUAGCAGCAGCAACAACAACAACAACAACCAGCAAGCACCUCCACAACAAAAGCAACAAGAACAACAACCACAAUAGCAACCACAACAACAGCAUCAGCGGAUAGAGCGUGCAGCCAAAGCACAACAUCGAUUGACAUCGAUUAACGCAUCGUGCUAAGCGGCGGGCGCUAAUCGAACAUGGCGCCUCGGAUAUAGUUGUAGCUUUAAUGUAGCAGGCGACAUCCAUGUGCCUCAUGCCUUGGAAAUCUAAGGCUCUCAUCGUUGGCCGCAUAGACAAUGACAGAAGAUUCCGACUCGAUAUCUGAGGAAGAACGCAGUUUGUUCCGUCCCUUUACCCGCGAAUCAUUGGUGCAAAUCGAACAACGCAUUGCCGCUGAACAUGAAAAGCAGAAGGAGCUGGAAAGAAAGAGAGCCGAGGGAGAGGUGCCGCAAUAUGGUCGCAAGAAAAAACAAAAAGAAAUCCGAUAUGAUGACGAGGACGAGGAUGAAGGUCCACAACCGGAUCCUACACUUGAACAAGGUGUGCCAAUACCUGUUCGAUUGCAGGGCAGCUUCCCGCCGGAAUUGGCCUCCACUCCUCUCGAGGAUAUCGAUCCCUUCUACAGCAAUAUACUGACAUUCGUAGUUGUAAGCAAAGGAAAAGAUAUUUUUCGCUUUUCUGCAUCAAAAGCAAUGUGGCUGCUCGAUCCAUUCAAUCCGAUACGUCGUGUGGCCAUUUACAUUCUAGUGCAUCCAUUAUUUUCCCUAUUCAUCAUCACCACAAUUCUCGUCAACUGCAUCCUGAUGAUAAUGCCGACAACGCCCACGGUUGAGUCCACUGAGGUGAUAUUCACCGGAAUCUACACAUUUGAAUCAGCUGUUAAAGUGAUGGCACGAGGUUUCAUUUUAUGCCCGUUUACGUAUCUUAGAGAUGCAUGGAAUUGGCUGGACUUCGUAGUAAUAGCUUUAGCUUAUGUGACCAUGGGUAUAGAUUUAGGUAAUCUAGCAGCCUUGCGAACGUUUAGGGUGCUGCGAGCGCUUAAAACCGUAGCCAUUGUGCCAGGCUUGAAGACCAUCGUCGGCGCUGUCAUCGAAUCGGUGAAGAAUCUGCGCGAUGUGAUAAUCCUCACCAUGUUCUCCCUGUCGGUGUUCGCGCUGAUGGGCCUGCAGAUCUACAUGGGCGUGCUCACGCAGAAGUGCAUCAAGAAGUUCCCGCUGGACGGCUCCUGGGGCAAUCUGACCGACGAGAACUGGGACUAUCACAAUCGCAACAGCUCCAACUGGUACUCGGAGGACGAGGGCAUCUCGUUUCCGCUGUGCGGCAAUAUAUCCGGCGCGGGGCAAUGCGACGAUGACUACGUGUGCCUGCAGGGGUUUGGGCCGAAUCCGAACUACGGCUACACCAGCUUCGAUUCGUUUGGCUGGGCCUUCCUGUCCGCCUUCCGGCUGAUGACACAGGACUUCUGGGAGGACCUGUACCAGCUGGUGUUGCGCGCCGCCGGACCAUGGCACAUGCUGUUCUUUAUAGUCAUCAUCUUCCUAGGUUCAUUCUAUCUUGUGAAUUUGAUUUUGGCCAUUGUUGCCAUGUCGUAUGACGAAUUGCAAAAGAAGGCCGAAGAAGAAGAGGCUGCCGAAGAGGAGGCGAUACGUGAAGCGGAGGAGGCUGCCGCCGCCAAAGCGGCCAAGCUGGAGGAACGAGCAAAUGCGCAGGCUCAGGCAGCAGCGGAUGCGGCUGCCGCCGAAGAGGCUGCACUGCAUCCGGAGAUGGCCAAGAGCCCGACGUAUUCGUGCAUCAGCUAUGAGCUGUUCGUUGGCGGCGAGAAGGGCAACGAUGACAACAACAAGGAGAAGAUGUCCAUUCGCAGCGUCGAGGUGGAGUCGGAGUCGGUGAGCGUUAUACAAAGACAACCAGCACCUACCACAGCACACCAAGCUACCAAAGUUCGUAAAGUGAGCACGACAUCCUUAUCCUUACCUGGUUCACCGUUUAACAUACGCAGGGGAUCACGUAGUUCUCACAAGUACACGAUACGGAACGGACGUGGUCGCUUUGGUAUACCCGGUAGCGAUCGCAAGCCGUUGGUAUUGUCAACAUAUCAGGAUGCCCAGCAGCACUUGCCCUAUGCUGAUGACUCGAAUGCCGUCACCCCAAUGUCCGAGGAGAAUGCCAUCAUAGUGCCCGUAUACUACGGCAACCUAGGCUCUCGGCAUUCAUCGUACACCUCGCAUCAGUCCCGAAUAUCGUAUACCUCACAUGGCGAUCUACUCGGCGGCAUGGCCGUCAUGGGCGUCAGCACAAUGACCAAGGAGAGCAAAUUGCGCAACCGCAACACACGCAAUCAAUCAGUGGGCGCCACCAAUGGCGGCACCACCUGCCUGGACACCAAUCACAAGCUCGAGCAUCGCGACUAUGAAAUCGGUCUGGAGUGCACGGACGAAGCUGGGAAGAUUAAACAUCACGACAAUCCUUUUAUCGAGCCCGUCCAGACACAAACGGUGGUCGACAUGAAAGAUGUAAUGGUCCUGAAUGACAUCAUCGAACAGGCCGCUGGUCGGCACAGUCGGGCAAGCGAUCGCGGUGUCUCCGUUUACUAUUUCCCAACAGAAGACGAUGACGAGGACGGGCCAACGUUCAAAGACAAGGCACUCGAGGUGAUCCUCAAGGGCAUCGAUGUGUUUUGUGUGUGGGAUUGUUGCUGGGUGUGGUUGAAAAUUCAGGAGUGGGUCUCGCUAAUAGUCUUCGAUCCCUUCGUCGAGCUCUUCAUCACGCUGUGCAUUGUGGUGAACACGAUGUUCAUGGCGAUGGAUCACCACGACAUGAACAAGGAGAUGGAGCGCGUGCUCAAGAGUGGCAAUUAUUUCUUUACGGCCACCUUUGCCAUCGAGGCCACCAUGAAGCUGUGCGCCAUGAGCCCCAAAUACUAUUUCCAGGAGGGCUGGAACAUCUUCGACUUCAUCAUCGUGGCCCUCUCGCUUUUGGAGCUGGGUCUUGAGGGUGUCCAGGGCUUGUCUGUCUUGCGUUCGUUUCGAUUGCUGCGUGUUUUCAAACUGGCCAAGUCCUGGCCGACGCUGAAUUUGCUCAUAUCGAUUAUGGGCCGCACUGUCGGCGCCCUGGGCAAUCUGACCUUCGUCCUGUGCAUUAUUAUCUUCAUAUUCGCGGUCAUGGGCAUGCAGCUGUUUGGCAAGAACUACACAGAUCACAAGGACCGCUUCCCGGAUGGUGACCUGCCGCGCUGGAACUUCACGGACUUUAUGCACAGCUUUAUGAUCGUGUUCCGGGUGCUCUGCGGAGAAUGGAUUGAGUCCAUGUGGGACUGCAUGUACGUGGGCGAUGUCUCGUGCAUUCCCUUCUUCUUGGCCACCGUUGUCAUCGGCAAUCUUGUGGUACUUAACCUUUUCUUAGCCUUGCUUUUGUCCAAUUUUGGCUCAUCUAGCUUAUCAGCGCCGACUGCCGAUAAUGAUACGAAUAUAGCCGAGGCCUUCAAUCGAAUCGGCCGGUUUAAAAGUUGGGUUAAGCGUAAUAUUGCUGAUUGUUUCAAGUUAAUACGUAACAAAUUGACAAAUCAAAUAAGUGAUCAACCAUCAGAGCAUGGUGACAACGAACUGGAGCUGGGUCACGACGAGAUCCUCGCCGAUGGCCUCAUCAAGAAGGGAAUCAAGGAGCAGACGCAACUGGAGGUGGCCAUCGGGGAUGGCAUGGAGUUCACGAUACACGGCGACAUGAAGAACAACAAGCCGAAGAAAUCCAAAUAUCUAAAUAACGCAACGGACGACGACACUGCCAGCAUUAACUCAUAUGGUAGCCAUAAGAAUCGACCAUUCAAGGACGAGAGCCACAAGGGCAGCGCCGAGACGAUGGAGGGCGAGGAGAAGCGCGACGCCAGCAAGGAGGAUUUAGGUCUCGACGAGGAACUGGACGAGGAGGGCGAAUGCGAGGAGGGCCCGCUCGACGGUGAUAUCAUUAUUCAUGCACACGACGAGGAUAUACUCGAUGAAUAUCCAGCUGAUUGCUGCCCCGAUUCGUACUAUAAGAAAUUUCCGAUCUUAGCCGGUGACGAUGACUCGCCGUUCUGGCAAGGAUGGGGCAAUUUACGACUGAAAACUUUUCAAUUAAUUGAAAAUAAAUAUUUUGAAACAGCUGUUAUCACUAUGAUUUUAAUGAGUAGCUUAGCUUUGGCAUUAGAAGAUGUACAUCUGCCACAAAGACCCAUACUGCAGGAUAUUUUAUACUAUAUGGACAGAAUAUUUACGGUUAUAUUCUUCUUGGAAAUGUUAAUCAAGUGGUUGGCGCUCGGCUUCAAAGUGUACUUCACCAACGCGUGGUGUUGGCUCGAUUUCGUGAUUGUCAUGGUAUCGCUUAUCAACUUCGUUGCUUCACUUGUUGGAGCUGGUGGUAUUCAAGCCUUCAAGACUAUGCGAACGUUAAGAGCACUGAGACCACUACGUGCCAUGUCCCGUAUGCAGGGCAUGAGGGUCGUCGUUAAUGCGCUGGUACAAGCUAUACCGUCCAUCUUCAAUGUGCUAUUGGUGUGUCUAAUAUUUUGGCUAAUUUUUGCCAUAAUGGGUGUACAGCUUUUUGCUGGAAAAUAUUUUAAGUGCGAGGACAUGAACGGCACGAAGCUCAGCCACGAGAUCAUCCCAAAUCGCAAUGCCUGCGAGAGCGAAAACUACACGUGGGUGAAUUCAGCAAUGAAUUUCGAUCAUGUAGGUAACGCGUAUCUGUGCCUUUUCCAAGUGGCCACCUUCAAAGGCUGGAUACAAAUCAUGAACGAUGCUAUCGAUUCACGAGAGGUGGACAAGCAACCAAUUCGUGAAACGAACAUCUACAUGUAUUUAUAUUUCGUAUUCUUCAUCAUAUUUGGAUCAUUUUUCACACUCAAUCUGUUCAUUGGUGUUAUCAUUGAUAAUUUUAAUGAGCAAAAGAAAAAAGCAGGUGGAUCAUUAGAAAUGUUCAUGACAGAAGAUCAGAAAAAGUACUAUAAUGCUAUGAAAAAGAUGGGCUCUAAAAAACCAUUAAAAGCCAUUCCAAGACCAAGGUGGCGACCACAAGCAAUAGUCUUUGAAAUAGUAACCGAUAAGAAAUUCGAUAUAAUCAUUAUGUUAUUCAUUGGUCUGAACAUGUUCACCAUGACCCUCGAUCGUUACGAUGCGUCGGACACGUACAACGCGGUCCUAGACUAUCUCAAUGCGAUAUUCGUAGUUAUUUUCAGUUCCGAAUGUCUAUUAAAAAUAUUCGCUUUACGAUAUCACUAUUUUAUUGAGCCAUGGAAUUUAUUUGAUGUAGUAGUUGUCAUUUUAUCCAUCUUAGGUCUUGUACUUAGCGAUAUUAUCGAGAAGUACUUCGUGUCGCCGACCCUGCUCCGAGUUGUGCGUGUGGCGAAAGUGGGUCGAGUCCUGCGACUGGUCAAGGGAGCCAAGGGCAUCAGGACACUGCUAUUCGCGUUGGCCAUGUCGCUGCCGGCCCUGUUCAACAUCUGCCUGCUGCUGUUUCUGGUCAUGUUCAUCUUCGCCAUCUUCGGCAUGUCCUUCUUCAUGCACGUGAAGGAGAAGAGCGGCAUCAACGACGUCUACAAUUUCAAGACCUUCGGACAGAGCAUGAUCCUGCUCUUUCAGAUGUCGACGUCAGCCGGUUGGGAUGGUGUACUGGACGCCAUUAUCAAUGAGGAAGCAUGCGAUCCACCCGACAACGACAAAGGCUAUCCGGGCAAUUGUGGUUCAGCGACCGUUGGAAUAACGUUUCUCCUCUCAUACCUAGUUAUAAGCUUUUUGAUAGUUAUUAAUAUGUACAUUGCUGUCAUUCUCGAGAACUAUAGUCAGGCCACCGAGGACGUGCAAGAGGGUCUGACAGACGAUGACUACGACAUGUACUACGAGAUCUGGCAGCAGUUCGAUCCGGAGGGCACACAGUACAUACGCUACGACCAGCUGUCCGAGUUCCUGGACGUGCUGGAGCCCCCGUUGCAGAUCCAUAAGCCUAACAAGUACAAGAUCAUAUCGAUGGACAUACCCAUCUGUCGCGGCGACCUCAUGUACUGCGUCGACAUCCUCGACGCCCUCACGAAAGACUUCUUCGCGCGCAAAGGCAAUCCGAUAGAAGAGACGGGCGAGAUCGGCGAGAUAGCGGCCCGCCCGGACACGGAGGGCUACGAGCCCGUGUCAUCGACGCUGUGGCGCCAGCGGGAGGAGUAUUGUGCCCGAUUGAUCCAGCAUGCCUGGCGCAAGCACAAAGCGCGCGGCGAGGGAGGUGGGUCCUUCGAGCCGGAUCCGGAUCAGGGUGGUGGUGGCGAUGGCGGCGAUCCGGAUGCCGCCGAACCGGAGCUUGAUGAACCGACGGAUGCCGAGGGCCCCGAAGGAGAUGGAAGUGGUGUUAAUGGUACAGGAACUGGAGAUGGAGCUGCCGAUGCCGACGAGAACAAUGUAAAUAGUCCGGGUGAGGAUGCAGCGGCAGCAGCAGCGGCAGCAGCAGCGGCGGCGGCGGGUACGACGACGGGAACGGCGGCGGGAAGUCCGGGAGCGGGCAGCGCCGGACGACAGACCGCCGUUCUCGUGGAGAGCGACGGGUUCGUGACGAAGAACGGCCACAAGGUGGUCAUCCACUCGCGAUCGCCGAGCAUCACGUCGCGCACGGCGGAUGUCUGAGCCAGGCCUCGCCCCCCCCUCCAAGAUGCACGCGAGUAUUAGCAUGAGUACGUGUUGGAUGUUGCAUGUUGCAUCAGCGACGUGCAACAACAGUAAGCUAACAACAACAGCGAACAUGGCGAACAACAAGCAUAAUUUUCUGCUAUAUAAUGAAAGUACAACAUACAAACAAAUACAAUAACAAUAAAAACAACAACAACAUCAUCAUCAAAAGAACAACAACAACAACCGAUGAAAUAACGAAGAACAACAACACCAGUGUAAUGUCUUUGAGUUACAUAUAUGUAAACCCGCAUUAUUCAGUUAACGAGUCAGCAACCAACAACAAUCAUACUUAAGCUAAACCGAAAUGUCUAAAUAAUUUGUAAGCAACUCGUAGUCCAAUCAAUUUAGGCGUUUUUCCAAACAACUAUUGGCCUAAGCAGGUGAAAGAAUAUGAUAAACAUCCAUACACACAAACACCAACACACACAUUAACAUGACCAUAAACAAGUAUAAUCCCCAAAAAAAAAAAUAAUCGAAACAGAUAAUAAAGUGAAAGAACGACGAACAAGCUCUAAAAAUUGUAUUUGCCAGUAGUAAGACAACAAACAACACGCUUGAUUUAACUAACUACUUAUUAAACGAAAAAAAGCAAAUAACAAGAAAUAGAAGAGGAAGACGUGCGUACAACGGUAAAGGUAAGGGAGCAGAAGCAAAACCUCAAAAACAAGUCCCCCAAAAGCUACAUUCUAAAAUAAACAAGAUUAACUUUUUUAACUUAUUCUAAACGAGAUGAGAACACCAAUUUGCAUAGUUUGUAUUGUACAUUUAUCCAGCUAAAUAAUAAAAAAAACCAAAGGGAGUAAAUCAAAAGCGGACCUGAAACAAGUAACUAAAGCAACACCAAUAAAAAUUACCGCCUGAACUGCCAUUGAAAGCAAUACGAACCAAAAAAAAAAGCAAAACAAAAGAGAGAAAAAUAAAAGCGAAAGCUAAAUGUCAAAGUAUAUUUACACAAUAUUCAUACACCCACUCACACGUACACCCGCAAACACAGAAGGAAGGGAAAAGGUCACCCUGGAGAGUAAUAGGCAGACAGAGUAAUUUCAGAUUCAGAAACGAUCUUAAGCAUCGAUCGGACAUAUUCCCUUUGCAGUUUCGAUUCCCAUUAUCCCAUUGGUCCAGCAAGAGUUCAAAAGUUCAAAGCAAACAUUUCACUCAUAGAGAUCGGAUUGUUGAGGUAAUGUCCUCAUUUUGAGGUUAUGUCCUCACCAUGAGGUUAUGUUCUCACUUUGAGGUUAUGUCCUCGCACACCCACAUUAUACACACAAACAAACACCGAAACACCAACACAAAGCGACAACAGUACCAUACAAAAUCUUUGGAGUUGGGGCGCAUGGAGCUAAAGAAAGUGAGACGAAGUUGAGUGAAACCUUAAAGAAAAACCUUAUCAAUUCAAAUUUGAAUUCGAUCAGUCAAAAAAUCGAUAAACAAAAACAAUUUACGAUAAGAACGCGCAGGAAGUGUCUAAAUGAAUCGAACAAUACCAAGAAUGUGAAGUGAAAGAGAACCAGUACCGAAACAAGUUCAAAGCGAGUCGAAGCAAGUGCUAUAAGACGAAUAAAAUAAAAGAGAAAAUAGCUGAAAAAGCGUUUGUGCCUAGCACAAGACAAGACUAAGGCAAACAAAGAAACGAAAACGAGUGAACAAUUUAAACAAGUUUUUGUUUUCAAAGUGCUCUAUUUUCACAUACUUCUUUUUUAUCUUAACCUACCAGUAGAAUCGAGCAAAGGUCGCGAUUAUUACUAAAUUACACAAUGAGCAAGGAGAGUAAAUACGAAACGAAUAUAUAUUACACGUAAUUAUAACAUAACUAAUUUAACUAAAAUACGAUAUUGAUACUGAAUUGAAUUCAAACAAAGUUUUAGCCCGACAGCUUAAAAGCGUAGCAUACAUUUCAGAGGCUGCUGCCAUAGCAUUCGCUUUCCUUUUCGUAUCCGCCGCAGCCGCGUUAUGACGAAGGACAAGGUGAUAUGAAAGAUUCGAAAACCGAUAACCAAACCAAAAAACAAUUAGAAUAUUCCCUUCAGUUGCGAUCAAUUUUGCCAAGCUAAGCUUUGUUUGAAUCAGCUUUACUACAUUUGAUUUUUUUGGUUUCUCUGUCGUUUCAUUUACUAGCAAUGCCUUUUCGCCGCUGUUCAGUUCUAUAUCGACAAGCAAACGAUUACCGAUUACCAAUUACAGAUUACGAUAACGUUCAAUAAUACUCCAUCGAAUGGCCCCACUACUCUGACAGUUGGGGAUCAUUUAGGCUCGAGAGCCGCCGCAAACGAAAUUAAAUGUGAGGUUUCAUUGCGCACACACACUGAACUCACUCGCCACAUUCACCCACUUACCCAAGAAACAUCAAGAAACUCAGAGACACGUAAAUGCUUUGCUUUUGCUUCAAAAUUGCUGCAAUCGUAGGAGGUGAAUGAAAAAAUAAUACUUUGGGAUAAAGCGCUUUUUGGUUUUGAGAAUAAAACUAUUUCCAAUUCACCCACUGACACUCACGUCCACGAAAAAACACACACAGAGACAGACAUGGACAUUGAAAGGACCUUCUUUCAGUGGCAAUCCUCUUUUCGCUGACUUGCUCUCACUCGAUCUCCGACACGAAUUAAUACAAUUCUACAAAGCAUGCUUUCACACACUGCCUGACUUUUACCUAUCUGUUGAAUCAAAUACAAAUGCGGAACUUGUUCUGAGCACAUCCACAUCUAACCACUAAAGACUAAACAGCAUCGUACAAAAUUACUCAAUAACAAUUGAGAAAUCACCUUCGACCAACCAAUUAUGUGUUUUGGAUUUGCCAUACCCUUUUCGACAUAAUUAUGUUUCAUUUAGUUCCCAAUACUUUAUUACUUGUAGUUUGGAAUUACCUUGAAGCAGUUGUUUGAUUGCACAUGGCCAGAGUGUAGAACUAGUUUGUUUUCUUGGUAUAACAAUGUCAGCACUUUUAUGACACAUUUGUAUGACAGUUGUAGGCCACAGUCUUCAAACAAUUGUAUAACAGUUGAAUUAAAAUGUCAAACUAAAUUUCAUGUACAGUUGAGCACUCCUGAAACGGUUUUACAAAAGAAAGAAACACAUUUGAAUUCAGCAUUGGCCACUUCGCAUCGAUCAACUCUCUCAAUCCGGUUGUACGACAUUAAAUUCAAAAAAAAAAAAAUUAGAUCAAGCCGCAACAGUUCAGAUUUCACCGUCUCAAGGCGUUUAAACACAAUUUAUCCUAACCAACACCAAAAAGUAACGCAAACAACAAAAACUGUAGAGUAAUUAACUUAUGUACAUUAUGGGGACCAGUUUAAGCGUUGCCUUAAAGUCCAAAAAUUAAGUGUUUAUUUGUUGCGCACGCUUUUACAAGAAGCUUUGUCAAUGAUCAGUAAACCGUUAGGAUUGUGCUACAAAUAGGCACCCACACACCCCAUCAUCUUGACCCUGUGACCCCCUAUUAACCCCUUAACCCCUUAACCCCUGAAAACCGCUCACCAAACCCCCUGACGCAACGCAACCCGACUCGAACAGACUCCGCUUUGGUUCGCCUUAACCUCAUCGUAUUACGUAUUUCCCCCACAUUGAUUUUUACGCUUGCCAAUUGUCAAUUUUGUAACGACUUGAAUGUAGCUUCAUUAUUAUACAUUUUGUUGGCUGUUUGACAAAUAAUACGAGUACCCACUUUGAUAAAUAAUAGGACACAUGAAAAAAUAACGCAAAACGAUUAAUCGCUUAGUCGAGAAUAAUAAACGAAACAUGCUAUAAACUAAUAACAGAAAAUUAAGUUUGAAAAUUCCGUACAAAAUGCAUAAGUUUAACGAAAAAAGCAUAUAAUAUUGAGAAAACUAAACGAAUAAUAUAUCUACUUAUACUGAGUGCACUGUUAUAAACGAGGGGCGGGGCGAGAUUAAAUAAACAACAACAACAACAAAAACGAAUCAAACGAAUAUGAAAAUGAAAAACAAAACAAAACAAAAAAGAAAAAGAAAAAAAACAUAUUAAUAAUGGUAUAUACUUCAAGAUAUUGUAUUAUCUAUGUGUGAAUAACUUCAUCUGCAAAACAACAGCCACACACAUGAAGCUUAUGCGACAAGCAAACAAAAAAAAAAAAAAAAAGAAA